AUGUUAACUUCACAGCAAGAUGAGCAAGACGAACGAGACUUAUCACAAUCUUAUGAGGCUGGUAUUGAGAGCAUAGGAUCUGCAUCUUGUGUCUUAUCGAAGCAACCGCAAGUUAAUACAUCCAAAUUAACAUGUAAUCUUAAAAACUGUGAAGAUUCUUCACGAUCGGAGUCAUGCGACAUGGAGGAACUUAAAUCCAAUUUGCAUGAUAAAGUUAUUGCCAAGUUGGAUAAAAAUAUAAUUGUGGAACAGAAGUUAAAGCAACAGUUAUCGUCAUCUGCACAUACAUCUACCGUUAAGUUAAGGAGAGGCGCUAUGAAACAAUUGAAAAUGACUUUUAUCAACGAUAAACUUCUUGCCGACUUGUAUUACCCAGAUUAUUGGAACCGUAACCCAACCUUAUGGGGCAGUAUAAGUCUUCUUCAGCAUUUACAGAACACAAGCUGUGGUUAUUCUAAAGCGGCUGCCCUGGAGAGAGCAUUAUCCAAUUGCGAUAAAGAUCCCGCAAAUUUAAUUUUAUGGAAUAAUCAUUGCUCAAACUUAGCAACUCUUGCGAUCGAGGAUCGAGUUAAUAAACGCGAGAUCCAGAUUUUUGCUGUAAAAAAAGAAAUCUUGCAAUACAAAUCUGAGCGGGUAUUAGUAGAUCAUACUUCGGAAAUUGAGGAAAUUGUUACCUCAGCAACACCAGCUAUUAGAUUAUCAUCGGCCGACCUUCAACAAGAUUACAACGAAGAGGAGGAAAAGCCAAUUAAAGAGCUUCAGGAUAAGGAAGUCGAGGAAGUCGAAAAUGAAGAAGACGAAUUCACUUUUCAAGACAAAGAAUUAUUUACACAAAGGCAAUCCAUGAAAGAUGAUAAAAAAUGGAAGCUUAGCACAGGAACAUAUGUUGAAGAUGUCUUGUACAAUCUAGGGAUAAAAUGCAGAUAUAAUAAUCUUGUGCAUUCUUUCAUAAUCGAUUCCGAAGACAAGUUUGUGCAGUCAGGAUUCACUUCUGAUGAGUUAACAGAGAUUCGCGAAACAAAAUCCAUGUAUGAAUCACCACAGAUAGAUAAUGAAUUACUGGGAUACAUCGAUUCUUUUGCAAAGGACUCAACAAAAGACAUACGAAAAGCACUUUAUUCUUCAUACCCUCGACUUUGCGAAAAUUACAAUCCUUUAGUUGAUUUCCCAUACGAACAUGUGAGAACCACAGUAUCUGAUUGGGUUCGUUUGCUAGAAAUGGAGCCAAAUCCGCUAACAAUUACACAGGAUUUACCGGAAAGUUGGUUCAGAAUAAAUGUUUGGAGGACAGUUGAUAUAGCCUUUUCGGACCUGCCCUUUGUGUUUUUCGUUGGAGGCGAAAAAGCUGGACUAGCGACCAAAGAUAGGAAAAAUCGUGGCAGAACCCUUAGCAACAUAGGCCCAAUGCAACGGAGGGCUAUAGGAAAGAAAGGAGAUGGUUACGUUCGGUCAUUUGGUUCGAGGUCAAUUGAUUGGGCAGCGUCCGAGGCUGGAUCGAAGUGGGAAGGAGAAAAAGGGACGAAGAUUAUAAAGGAAUGCGGUUUAUCUUUACCAAAGGUUUUAAAAGACAUUUUUAUUAAUCUAGCGCGCAAGGUAAACUAUGACGAAGACAAGAUUCGUAAAAUCAACAUCCCCGGAUUUAUUCAUGCAGGAGCUAAUUUAAUUAAAACUAACCUUGAUUGUCCAAGGGGAUAUGUAUGCCGAUAUAUGAGGCAAGUACCACUUGAGAUUUAUGCCGAUGUCAAACAAUUUAAUAGAACAUUGGAUGCUCUUGUCUCCAUCAUUUACGCUAAGCUCGAAAUUUUGAAUACAAUGAAAAUAAUAAAUAAUACAACAACAAACUCAUCUGAUAAUCUGAAGAGAUGGAAAAAUCUACCGAAAAAAACUGAAGAAUUUGAUAUUCCUGAUUGUCAUCACACGCCUAAAAAAAGAAGAGUCGCCAACUUGCAAUGA